CCUUAUUCUCGAAUCCCUUCCUCGUCUAUUCUUCUUAUGCAAGUCGUUUCAUUAUUCAAGUCGAGGAGCCGAUUGAGCCGCAGCUAACGGAAGCGAGCCUCAAGAGGUGGCAUCAGUCUUUCUUGCCGUCGGCCGUUGAGGAGUCUGGUGCCGAUCGGCGACUGCUGCACUCCUACAGCGAUGUCUUCAGCGGGUUCGCCGCCAUGCUCACGGAGGAUGAGCUACAGGAGGUGGGGAAGAAGAAGGGCUUCGUGCGUGCGUUCCCCGACCGAGUGCUGCGCGUAAUGACCACCCACACGCCAGAUUUCCUCGGGCUCAAGGUCGGGAUCAAGGGGCUGUAGAACGACUCGAAGCUUGGGAGCGGAGUCAUCAUCGGAGUUCUCGACUCCGGUGUGACGCCCGGCCACCCUUCGUAUGACGACAAGGGGGUCCCGCCUCCGCCCUCGAAGUGGAAAGGCCGGUGCGAUCUCAAGACCGGUUGCAACAACAAGCUCAUCGGUGCUAGGUCGAUGAUCGAUGGUGUGGGUGGGAGUCCUCCAGUCGACGAGACCGGCCAUGGGACCUUCACUUCCUCCACUGCCGCAGGUAACUUCGUCCACAACGCGAGCUACUUCGGCUUGGCCAAAGGCACAGCCGCGGGGAUGGCCCCUCGGGCUCACCUCGCCAUCUACCAGGUUUGCCAAGAAGACGGCUGCAAUGUCGGCGACAUCCUCGCGGGGUUGGACGCAGGUGUCAAGGACGGCGUCGACAUCUUCUCUAUCUCGAUUGGUGGCCUAUAUAAGGCACUCGACCAAGAUCCCGUCGCCAUCGGUUCAUUCGCCGCAAUCAGGAAGGGAAUCUUUGUCAGUUGCGGUGCUGGCAACGAUGGACCCGGCAACUUCACCCUCGCCAAUGAGGCACCGUGGGUCCUCACCGUUGGGGCUAGCAGCAUCGAUCGAAACUUUAAGGCCUCAGUGAGACUCCCCAAUGGGAAGGUGAUUCCCGGAGAGUCUCUCGACCAGCCCCGCAACUUCACUAAAAACUCUCUUCCCCUGUACUACUCCACUGAGUCACCGGCUUGCGACAUGGAUCCUCCUGAUGAUAGUCACAGGGGUAGCAUCUGGGUUUGCAAUGUCGGUGGCAAAAUUGCAAAAGAUGUGGCGGCGUUCGUGAAGUCCCAUGGUGCCAAGGCGGUGAUCUUCAUUGUCUCGCAAGUUGAGGGCGCCACCGUCGUGAUUAGGAGGCUGAACUUCCCUGGAAUAUGGCUCGCCUCCCAAGAUGGCUCCGACUUGAUAUCGUAUUUGAUCUCGGCUUCCGACCCCUCUGCCUCGAUCGUCUUCCACGGGACAGAUCUCGGCGUAUCCCCCGCUCCUGUCGUGGCUUACUUCUCCUCCCGGGGGCCAUCUCGGACAACACCGAGAAUCCUCAAACCAGACAUCUCCGCCCCUGGCCUUAACAUCUUCGCGGCCUCGAUUUCUUCCAGUGACGCUCCUGAGUAUGCUAUCAAAUCUGGUACGUCCAUGUCGACGCCUCACCUCAGUGGCGUUGUCGCGCUCUUAAAGGUCACACACCCUACUUGGUCACCGGCAGCUAUCAAGUCGGCGAUCGUCACCACGGCAAACACCGACAUGUCUGACGAGUUACUCGAGCCGGCGCUCUAUUUCGCCAAGGGCGCAGGACACGUCAACCCUAACAAAGCUGUCGAUCCUGGUCUUAUUUAUGACAUCUCCGACGACGACUACGUCUCCUACAUCUGCGGCAAAUUCGGUGAAAAGGGCGCUAGAAAUAUAGCACGUGGAAUCGUGGACUGCUCGAAGAGCAUGACGGAAGAGGAGCUCAACUAUCCGUCGAUUCUGCUGGCCCCCAAAGUCGGGGCGGUAGCCAAGGUGAGCCGAGUCGUCACGAACGUCGGACCGGCUAGAUCUAGCUACAUGGUAUCAGUGACCAUAUCGAAGACUUUCGUGUCGGCUACUGUCACCCCCGAGACCGAGUUGAACGAGCAGAAGUCAUUCACCGUGAGCGCAGAAUGGGGCACCGAUGGACCUCCCACUUCCGGCAUUAAAUUUGUGGAGGGAAAAUUGACUUGGACCUCCGAUGAUGGUAAGCAUGUGGUGACGAGCCCAUUGAUCAUCUCCGCUUUAGAGUGAUGAACUGCUAUUAUAGCUCGAGCUUGUCUGUUUCCUUUCAAAUAUUAUUUAUUGUUCAUGAUUAUU